GAGCCAAAUCAGGGACAAAAGUUUUGUCAAUUUGAAAAAAAAAAUUGAAACUGAAAGUUUAAGUAUUAAGCUUGAACUUUGAAAAAUACAAAAAUAUAUUUGAAAUAAAUAUAAGUGUAUUAAAUAAUUUUUCAGCUUGUAUAUAAUUUUGAUUCAAUUCGAAAAUAGUUUUAAACAAUUUUUGUUUUUUUAAUUUUCACUUUUUUUUGUGUAUUUUGAUAUUUGAGAUCUUAUAUUUUUCAGGUGCAAUUUUUUUUUACAGUUUCGAUUUUUUUUUUUCAGGGUUCAAAUCUUUUUUUUUACUUUCAGAUCUCAGUUUUCAGGUUUCAGACUUUUGGCCCUGAUUUUGCGUGUGGGCGUGGUAUCAUAGGAAAGGGGCGUGGUAUACGGUUGAGGACCUACUCCGGAGGACCCUGUCAAUGUGCCUGCGUGGAUUAUAUAUGUCUGUACGUUCUCCCUCGCGCGAUGGCGUCCGCUCCUCCUGGACAGCCUGCUGGCUCCAGCACACAGAAAGUCGACUAUAAUUCGACAGUGGCUGCAGCUGCGCAGAGCCUCAUAAAUGUGCUCACGCAGAACCUCUCUCAUGGACAGCAAGAGCAAGGAAGAAGGCAGGAACAGAGCCAGUCUACUGUAGAGCAAGAUAUGGCCAGGAACAACUGAAAAGGGAUUUUCUUCAGAGACUACUGACUAAAGUUUCUCAGGCCACACAAAGACUGCCCCUAGAUGUUGACUAUUUGCAGUUUGUAGUGAACCAGGAGAUGAUUAUUUUUAGAUCAUUGUCGAGCCAGAUGGAGAUGCCACAGGAUGUUAUCAGUGCUUUGACUGAGCUGUCGGCACUUGUUAACGAAGAGGAAAGGGAUUAUCCAACACCCAGUCACGUAUCAGUGUUUCAAGGGGAGAUGGGCCGUCCUAAAUAUCUUGUAUCUGCUGAACAACUAAAAGGCCUCUUAGAACUACAGCUACCAGUGUCACGCAUUGCAAAACAUCUGGGUGUAUCUGAGAGGACCGUGAAAAGACGCAUGCUUGAGCAGGACCUUUCUAUAAAGCAGCGGUAUAGUAACCUAACUGAUGAACAGCUGGACAGUUUGGUGAGGUCGGUGAAGGCCAGGACACCACAUGUAGGAUACCGAAUGAUGAAGGGAAUUCUGCAGGCCAUGGGCCACCGUGUACAAUGGAACAGAGUGUCUUCCUCUAUGCAUCGUGUGGACUCUGUUGGUGUACUCUCAAGAAUGACUAGGAUGGGAUGUGUUUCAAGAAGAACAUAUUCUGUUCAGGGUCCUCUGCACUUGGUACAUAUCGACACAAAUCAUAAGCUUAUCAGAUAUGGCCUUGUCAUUUUUGGAGGUGUUGAUGGCUUCUCAAGAAAGAUCAUGUACCUAGGUGCUGCAACCAAUAAUAAAGCAUCAACUGCACUUGCAUUUUUCUUGGAGGCAGUACAAAAGUAUGGCUUUCCGUUACGAGUAAGAGGGGACCAAGGAGUGGAAAAUGUUUGCAUAGCACGAUGCAUGUUCACUGUUAGGGGCUGUGGAAGGGGAAGUUUCCUGUCUGGAAAGAGUGUGCACAAUCAAAGAAUCGAGCGUUUGUGGCGAGAUGUUUGGAUGGCUGUUUCAAAUGUCUACUAUGAAGUUCUUCACAGCCUUGAGGAUGAAGGCAUUCUAGAUCCAUCCGAUAGCAUCCAUCUAUUCUGUGCCCAGCACGUGUUUCUUCCACGUCUGCAGAGGGAUCUUGACAUUUUCAGGGUGGGUUGGGAUAAUCACCCUUUAAGAACGGAGCAAAAUCUCUCCCCCCAACAACUGUGGACUAUGGGACUCCUCCAAAACCCUGUUGAUGCUCCAGAACAUGUAGAGGAAAAUGAAGAUUUCAACAUUGCCAGCGAGAUGGAUGCGGUCAGCUCUGGAGUGAUUGUUCCACCUGUGGAGUGUCCCUUACAUGACAACGAUAUGGCAGGCUUAAGAACGACAAUUGAGGUUACUAGACAAUCAGAGUCCUAUGGUCGAGAUGUUUAUUUAGCUGUGUUGAACUAUGUUCUAAAUCAUGUACCUUAGUCCAACAUUGUCCUUCAGUGUGUUUACCCACACCAAAAAUGGACUUGGUUUAUGAAAUGGCAACAGUGAAGAUGAGGACUUUUCACCUGUAAAUAACAGAACUUUAAGAUUGCUAAAAUACAUGUUUUAUUAAAAGUUGUAACAAUUACUUCAUACAACAGUU